AUGGAGGCUUCAGGUAGUCCUCUUCCUUCCAUGCCUGAAAGUAGUGAUACCACUGAUUUAGAAAACUUACUAAAACUUCUGAAUGAGGAAAGAAUGCAAUGUGAAUACUAUAAAGUAAAUUAUCAAAAUGCGAAGACAGAAAAUCUAAGAUUACAGGAGGAAUAUACAAAAUCACAACAACUGUUAGCCGAAAAGCAGACUGUACAAGAGAAUAUUCAGCAGCUUUUUUCUGAAUAUCAAGAGGUGUUGCUAGAUAAAACACGAGAGCUGGAAAAUCUGAAGAUGCGGGUGAUAACUCCUCAAAAAUUAGAACUGUUAAAAGCACAAAUACAGGAGGAAUUAGAAUCUUCUAUGGCAGAACUUCAUCGGAAGCUAGAAAAUGUAAAAGAACUUAAACAUUCACAUAAAUUGGAAGUAACAAACAUCAAAGUGGAGGCAGCAAGAACAAAGAGUGAAAUAGAAAAAGAGAGAAAUAAGAUUCAAAGCAAAAUGGAUGGAUUGCUGUCAGACAUGGAAAUUCUUAAGGCAGCUGGUGAAUAUCAUAAGGAGCUUUUAGUAGAAAAGGAUCAGGAGCUAAUUCGUAAAGUGAAAGCUGCAAAAAAGGAAUUUUCUGAAAAAAUUGCAGUCUUACAGGUUGAAAAGUUAGAACUUGAGAACAAAUUAGCUGAUCUAGAGAAGAUGAAACUGGGACAAGAUACUUUGAGACAAUCUGAAAAGGAUCAGUAUGAAGAGAAACUACGUGUGUUACAGAUGACUUAAGAAUCUAGCAGAAAGAAACUUCAGUGUUUGCGAUUAAAAAUACAACAGCAAGCUAUUCAAAUAGAGGAGUUGGAAGAAAAGAAACAUGAAAGUGCUCAUCUGAAACAACAAAUUUAUGACAUGCAACUCCAGAAUACCUCACUUUCUCAAUCAGAAAAGAAUUCGCUGGAGUCUAAUCAGAAGCUGCAGGAAACAAUAGAGAUAUUGAAACAAGAAUGUCGACAUGCAAAGAAUCAGGCCGAAAAAGCUCAACUAGAAGCAGAGUAAUAUUCUGUUUUCUUCCUUUUGGCUUUACUUUUCCUUUUGAUACUGCUUGUGUUCCUUUCACAUGGAUUACUUAGCUGUGGACUGCGGAUUUUUAAUAAAGCCAAAAGUUAAAAAUGAACAGGAAAUAGCAGGCAAUUGUAAUAAAUGGCUAUACAUUCUGAUAUGCAGUAUGUGUAAUAGUUUGGCUUGUGGUAACUUCAAAAAUCAUAGAAUUAUAGAAUGGUUAUGGUUGGAAAGGACCUUAAGAUCAUGAAGUUCCAACCCCCCUGCCAUGGCAUCCACUUCUGCAAGCCCCUGUGGGAGUAAUAACAAAAUAGAAGUGUGUUUCCAUUUAUGUCUAUACAAUUAAUUAUUGAAUAGUGAAAUAUACUAUUUGUAUAAAAUGAAAUCCUAUUUCUACUGAAAUGAAUGUCAAACUUACAUUAGUUUAAGUGGAUCUAGAGUUUCACACACAGUUCCUUUAAGAAUGUUUAAGCAUUAAGGGUGAAUAAAGCAUUUAAGCAUUGUAUUAUGCUUUCGUAGGUUUCAGGAACCCAGUCUGUAUGUGUGUGUAUUUAUAUAGCCAAAUACAUGUCUAGCUUGUAUUGGACUAUUGUGUGGUGAGUUUUUUAAAAAGUUAGCAUCCCAGUUAAAUAGAAAACU